AUGACCUGGAAGGUAUACUCCAUUGGAAACAAUUCCACACUUUUAUGUCAGCUUGAACUCCUUGCUGAAGGAAAAGUGAUACAAGUGAAUGGUGAGUACCUCUUAAGUGAACUGGAGCCUGACACAGAAUAUGUGGCCCGAGUCCGCUGUGCUUAUACCAACCACUUCUGGAAAUGGAGUGAAUUGAUUAGUCAAAAAUUCAACACAGCUGAAGCUGCUCCCUCAGAGGCUCCCGAUGUCUGGAGAAACUUGAAGAUGGUGUCAGGACAUCCUACUGUGAGCUUAUUCUGGAAGCCACUAUCAAAAGUGCAUGCCAACGGGAAGAUCCUGUUCUAUAAUGUAAUUGUAGAAAAUCUAGACAAGCCAUCCAGGUUAGAGGUCCUCUCCAUCCCUGCUCCCGCCAACAGCACAGAACUAACCCUCGAUCAAUGUUCUUACCAAAUCCAUGUCACAGCUCACAACAGUGUGGGCCCUUCUCCCGCUUCCGUAAUUGUCGUUUCUGGAGACCCUGGAAACGAAGAGGUUGAAAAAGGAAGAGUUAAUGGCACAGAGGAUGGAUUUUCUGUGUCUUGGAAACCCCAAUCCGGAGAUGCCACAGGCUACGUUGUAGAGUGGUGUGAUUGUCCCCAGGACCUGCCCUGUGUUCUCCAGUGGAGAAACCUAGGCCCCAAUACCACAAGCACAGUCAUUAGCUCGGGUGCUUUUAGACCAGGGGUUCGAUACAACUUCAGAAUUUAUGGAAUUUCUACCAAAAGGAUGGCUCAUUUAUUAGAGAAAAAAGCAGGAUACUUGGAGGAACUGGCUCCUUCAGACAACCCUCAAGUGGUCAUGAGUAACUUGACUUCCCACUCCUUCACUCUGAGUUGGAAGGAUUAUUCCACUGAAUCCCAACCUGGCUUUAUACAAGGAUACCAUGUCUACCUGAAACCCAAGGCGGGGGAGCAGUGCCACCCGGCAUUUGAAAAGACAGUUCUUCCAGAGGAUUCAGUAUGUUGCAAAUACACAAUUGACAACCCGGAACAAAAGACAUUUGUUGUGGAAAACCUACAGCCGGAAUCCGUCUAUGAGUUUUUCGUCACUCCUUACACAAGUGUUGGCGAGGGUCCCCUGGAUGCUUUCACAAAGGUCACAACUCCGGAUGAAUACUGUUUUAUCCAAGAAGGAGUCAAAGAAAAAUCUAGAAAGGAGAUAGAAGUCACACCUGAUAAUAUGAGGAAAAGUGCUGAAAAGGAAAGAACAAAGGAGGAUUUGGUGGAAAUAUGGCUGAAGGAGAAGUGUUAUCCUGAUAUUCCAGACCCUUACAAGAGCAGUGUCCUGUCAUUAAUAAAAUCCAAGGAGAAUCCUCAUCUAACAAUAAUGAAUGUCAACGACUGUGUUCCAGAUGCUAUUGAAGUUAUAAACAAGCCCGAAGGGAGUAAGAUACAGUUCUUAGGCACUAGGAAGUCGCUCACAGAAACUGAAUUUACUAGGCCUGCCUACCUUUACCUCCUUCCGACGGAGAAGAACUACUCUGGCCCUGGACCUUGCAUCUGCUUUGAGAACUUCACCUAUAAUCAGGCAGCUUCUGACUCUGCUUCUUGUGGACAUUUCCCAGUAACCCCUCAAGCCCCACCACAUCAGCUGGGACCACUGACUUCACCUGAAAAUUUACUAAAGGCACUGGAACAAAACUACGUGAAUUCCCUGGGAGAAAUCCCAGCCGGAGAAGCUAAUUUGAAUUAUCUGUCCCAGUUGGCUUCACCCACCUCUGGAGACGAGGACAGCCUGCCAACAAAUCCACCAGAGCCAGCACUCUGUUCAGAGUAUAAAAUGCAAAUGGCCAUACCCCUGGGUCUUGCCUCCGCUCCCCGAAGUGAGAACAGCAGCCUCUCCUCCACGACCCUUUUAGGUCAAGGUGAACACUGCUGCUAA